ACGGGUGACUGGGCUGCGCGCUUCCGGGCUGCGGGGCGGGGCCGGCGGGGCGGGGCCGGCGAGGCGGGGCAGCAGCGGCGGCAGGAAGCCGGGGCGGUCCCCGCGCGCCCCUAGCUGUCCCGUGCGGGUCGCCCCCGCCGAGCGAUCCCCGCGCCUGGCCAUGGACACCCCGGAGCCAGGGCACCUCCCGGCUCCCGAGGGCAGGAAGAGAUACAGCGAUAUCUUCCGGAGCCUGGACAACCUCGAGAUCUCCCUGGGGAACGUGAACUUCGAGGUGUUGGCCUCGGAUGCCACACUCACCGAAAACUCCGAGCCUGGCAAGGUCACCACAGCCACUGUGUCCCCUACCAGCGAUGCCAGCCACUGGAGCUGUCCAUCCUCAGAAGGUCCUGCGCCCCUGACAGGGGAGGAACUGGACCUGCGGCUCAUCCGGACCAAGGGAGGUGUGGACGCUGCCCUGGAAUAUGCCAAGAUGUGGAGCCGCUAUGCCAAGGAGCUGCUGGCCUGGACGGAGAAGAGAGCUAACUACGAGCUGGAGUUCACCAAGAGCAUCAUGAAGAUGGCUGAAGCCGGCAAGACAUCCAUCCAUCAACAGAACUACAUGCCGCUGCAGUACAUCUACACACUGUUUCUGGAGCAUGACUACAACCUGGGAGCCCAAGCCCUUGAGACCCUGGCCCAGCAGAAGAGAGACUACUACCAGCCCCUGGCUGCCAAGCGAACGGAGGUGGAGAAGUGGAGGAAAGAAUUCAAGGAGCAAUGGCUAAAGGAGCAGAAGCGGAUGAACGAGGCGCUGCAGGCACUAAGGCGGGCCCAGCUGCAGUACACGCAGCGCUGCGAGGAUUUACGGACGCGCUUGCAGGGGUCUCCCGAGGACCCAGGCCCCCAGGCGUCCCCCGGGCCCAGCAAGCAGCAGGAGCGGAGACGGCGCUCACGAGAGGAGGCUCAGGCCAAGGUGCAGGAGGCCGAGGCUCUGUACCAGGCCUGCGUCAGGGAGGCCAACGCGCGACAGCAGGACCUGGAGGCCGCCAAGCAGCGUAUUGUGUCGCACGUGCGCAAACUGGUGCUGCAGGGCGACGAAGUGCUGAGACGGGUGACCCUGGUCCUCUUUGGGCUGCACAGGAAACAAGCAGAACGGGGCCCCCGCUCCUUUGCCGCCCUGGCCGAGUGCUGCGCACCUUUCGAGCCGGGCCAGCGCUACCAGGAGUUCGUGCGGAACCUGCAGCCCGAGGCUCCGCCACCUCCACCACCCGCCUUCUCCUUCCAGGAGUUUGCGCCAGCGGGACACAGUUUCCCUCUGGACCCCAGAAAGAAGCUCUCGGGACCACUGCCUCAACGGCUGGAGGAGAGCUCCGCGGAGCCAGGCGCUUGGGAUGACGUGGGCACCAGCUGGCCAGGGACUCUGGGGCCCCCUCUGGGCAGCGAUGCCGAUAGUGUGGGCGGCGGCAGUGAGUCUCGGUCCCUGGACUCCCCAACUUCCAGCCCGGGUUCUGUCACACGGCGGCUGAUGAAGGUGGCGUCCACCGGCACCGAGUCCUCAGAUGACUUCGAGGAGCGAGACCCCGACCUGGGCGACGGGCUGGAGAACGGGUUGGGCAGCCCCUUCCGGAAGUGGACGCUGUCCAUCGCAGCCCAGACCCACCGGCUGCGGCGCCUGCGGGGCCCAGCCAAGUGCCGAGAGUGUGAUGCCUUCAUGGUCAGCGGGACGGAGUGUGAGGAGUGCUUUCUGACCUGCCACAAGCGCUGUCUGGAGACCCUGCUGAUCCUCUGCGGACACCGGCGGCUCCAAGGCCGGACGCCCCUCUUUGGUGUCAACUUCCUACAGCUCCCCAGGGACUUCCCGGAGGAGGUGCCCUUUGUGGUGACCAGGUGCACAGCCGAGAUAGAGCUCCGCGCCUUGGGUGUACAGGGCAUUUACCGGGUCAGCGGGUCCCGAAUCCGAGUAGAACGGCUGUGCCAGGCCUUCGAAAAUGGCCGUGCGCUGGUGGAGCUGUCAGGAAACUCACCUCACGACGUCACAGGGGUCCUUAAGCGGUUUCUGCAGGAGCUCACCGACCCCGUGGUUCCCUUCCACUUCUACGAUGCAUUCAUCUCUCUGGCUAAGACCUUGCAUGCAGACCCCAGGGACGACCCGGGGACUGCCAGCCCCAGCCCUGAGGUAAUCCGAUCUCUGAAGACGCUCUUGGCACAGCUGCCCGACUCUAACUACAACACCCUGCGGCACCUGGUGGCCCAUCUGUUCAGGGUGGCCACGCAGUUUGAGGAGAACAAGAUGUCUGCCAAUAAUUUGGGAAUCGUGUUCGGCCCGACGCUGCUGCGGCCACCAGAUGGCCUGCGGGCCCCUGGUGCCAGCCCUGUCGCCUGCCUGCUAGACUCUGGGCAUCAAGCCCAGCUUGUCGAGUUCCUCAUCGAGCACUAUGAGCAGAUCUUCGGGAUGGAUGAGCUCCCCACAGCAGCCGAGGUCCUGCCCCAGGACCCCAGCCCAGCCCCCGGGCCUCUCAUAACCAGCACCCUGCCCGGUCCCCCUGUUCCUACACUGGCCCCCCAACCCCCAGCCCAGACCAAAGACCUGGGACAGGACGCCAAGAGCCAGAGCACCCCAGAGAAGCACUCCGAGACUAUGCUCCCAGAGGCCACCCUUGCCGAGGCCACACCCCCCGAGACUGCUGCUAUGCAGAGGGACAAAAGGGAAGAAGAGACUGAAGGCCCCAGAGACGGAGGAGGGGAAGUACCCAGCCAAGGCCCCGAGGACUUGCUCCUGGGGACACAGUCCCGUGGUCACUUCAGCCGCCAGCCAGUGAAGUAUCCCCGUGGUGGGGUGCGGCCUGUCACCCAGCAGCUCUCAGGCUUGGCCCUGGUGGCUUCCAAGCUGUGUGAGGAGGCUCCCAUCCCUGCAAUGCCCGGGGGGAGUCUGCGUGCUGCCACCUCCCGCGAGGGCAGCCCUCUGCGCCGCACCCCGAUCCCCAAGCAUUUCGAGAUCACCCAGGAGACAGCCCGGCUGCUCUCCAAACUGGACAGCAAGGCUGUGCCCAGGGCCCCCUGCUGCCCAGACCCCCAGCCUGAGGAGGCUGAGGACCACCUCUGACCACUCCAGGACUGGGAGGAUGGACCCAGGGCCCUCUCCUCCGGGCAGCUUUCCAACAUCAGGCGAAGGCAGAAGCUCAAUGAAAGACUGCACAGCCUGGAGAAGCCUAAAGCACUUUUAGGGGCAAUUUCAGUGUCCCAGUAACUUGCCACUAGACUCUCAGUUUCAAGUAGCAGAGCCACUUGGGGUCAGAGGUCACUUGGGGUCAUACUCAGGGUCCUCGCACGUCACGAGAUCUUUGGGGUCUACUCAGGUCUCAGACUCGGGGACAUGGAAGCCUCUUGCUAGGUCAGUAGUGAUCAUCGUACCCCUGCCCCCUCGCUGAGCCCAACUGACCAAAUGGAGGAGAACAUGGGCAACCCAGACCUCACUUCCUGCUGGUGCCCAGGGCGGGUGAUUCCUGAAUAAACUGUCUUGCAUAUC